AUGGAAGCAGAAAACUGCACACAGGUGUCAAAAUUCCUGCUCUUGGGCCUCUCAGAUGAUCCUGAACUGCAGCCAAUGUUCUUUGGACUGUUCCUGUCCAUGURCCUGGUCACAGUGYUUGGGAACCUGCUCAUCAUYCUGGCUGUCAGCUCUGACUCCCACCUCCACACCCCYAUGUACUUCUUCCUCUCCAACCUGUCCUUSRMUGACAUCUGCUUCAUCUCCACCACGGUCCCCAAGAUGCUGGUGAUCAUCCAGGCACAGAACAAGGGCAUCUCCUACAUAGAGUGCCUGGCACAGGCAUAUUUUUUAAGUACUUUUGCUGGAAUGGAUAAUUUCCUACUGACCAUGAUGGCCUAUGACCGUUUUGUGGCCAUCUGUCAUCCAUUGAGUUACACAGUCAUCAUGAAUCCCAGGUUCUGUGUCCUGCUGAUCCUGCUAUCUUGGUUCAUCAUUUUCUGGGUGUCUCUGAUUGAUAUUCUACUGGUGAAGAGACUGAACUUCUCCACUAGCACUGAAAUCCCACAUUUCUUCUGUGGACUGGCUCAGCUCCUUAAUGUGGCCACCUCUGAUACCCUUAUCAACAAUAUCUUUCUGUACGUGUCGACUGCCCUGUUAGGUAUGUUUCCUAUGACUGGGAUCCUCUUCUCUUACUCUCAGAUAGUCUUCUCCUUGAUGAAGAUGUCCUCCGUCGCUAGCAAAUAUAAAGCAUUUUCYACCUGUGGGUCUCACCUCUGUGUGGUCUGCUUGUUCUAUGGAACAGGGCUUGUGGAGUACCUCACUUCUGCUGUGACCCAUUCUUCCCUGAGAACCAUGAUCGCCUCCAUGAUGUACACUGUGGUCACCCCCAUGCUGAACCCCUUCAUCUACAGCUUGAGGAACAAGGAUGUGAAGGGGGCCCUGGGGAGACUCCUCAGCAGAGCAGCCCCUUGUCCCUGA